CUGGAGGAGCUGUUCCACCUCCUCAACUUCCUGACACCCGAGCGCUUCAACAACCUGGAGGGCUUCCUGGAGGAGUUUGCCGACAUCUCCAAGGAGGACCAGAUCAAGAAGCUCCACGACCUUCUGGGUCCCCACAUGCUGCGGCGCCUCAAGGCCGACGUCUUCAAGAACAUGCCGGCCAAGACGGAGCUGAUCGUGCGCGUGGAGCUCAGCCCCAUGCAGAAGAAGUACUACAAGUACAUCCUGACCAGGAACUUUGAGGCGCUGAACUCUCGGGGUGGUGGGAACCAGGUGUCCCUGCUCAACAUCAUGAUGGACCUCAAGAAGUGCUGCAACCACCCCUACCUGUUCCCCGUGGCCGCCAUGGAGUCGCCGAAGCUGCCGAGCGGUGCCUACGAGGGCGGGGCGCUCAUCAAGGCCUCGGGGAAGCUGCUGCUGCUGCAGAAGAUGCUGCGCAAGCUGAAGGAGCAGAACCACCGGGUGCUCAUCUUCUCCCAGGUGGGACCCCAGGAACACCUCAAAACACCCAAAAUCACCUCAAAACAUCUCAAAACACCCCAAAACCACCUCAAAACAUCUCAAAACACCCAAAACCACCCCCAGAACCACCGGGUGCUCAUCUUCUCCCAG